AUGAUGGCGCAGAUCCAGCAAGAGCUAAAAGUGAAUAGAAAGUACGGUCAACCGCCUCCGUUCACCCCCGACCCCACUCCCAUCUUCACCUCGGUCCUCCAAAACCUCACACUCGCCACAGAAGCAGUUCUAGGCGUUAAGCUCAACUACACCGAUACUGGGUACGAUGAAGGAUGCCAAAUAUCAGCUCCUUGGGAGUUCAACGAAACCUUUGUCCGCGCUUUCCAAGGCGCAAUGAACACCCUCGCCGCACUACCUGGUAACGUCUGGUUUGCCGGACCUGAAGUAAGCCCUUGGAUAGAGCGGAGAGAUCAUUCGAAUGACCUCAUCAACUAUUGCGGUGAGGAUGGAACGAGAAUGGCACUUGGGCACGCGAGAGCUGCUGUUGAAAUGAUGGAGUAUGAUCCAGGGUAUAGAUAUGGCGACUUUCACUGUGGGACAUAUUUUGUUGAAGAAUAAAUGAGAAUUGCG